CAAUACCUAGAGAAGCCAUGAGAGACAGCCAUGUUCACGUGGAUAGUGGGGCUGCAACCCCCAUCUGUUAAUCCGGGCACCGAGCUGCACGAUAUUUUCCUGACUACGGGGGCUUGCGGGCUUGCAGAGGAGGUGGAUGAAAAAAUCCUGCAUGCAGCUUUUAUUCCUUUUGGCGAUAUUACUGAUAUUCAGAUACCUCUAGACUAUGAAACAGAAAAACACAGAGGAUUUGCAUUUGUGGAGUUUGAGCUUCCAGAGGAUGCAGCUGCUGCAAUUGAUAACAUGAAUGAAUCAGAACUGUUUGGUAGAACAAUUCGUGUCAACCUGGCAAAGCCUAUGCGAUUAAAAGAAGGGUCAUCCAAGGCUGUAUGGUCUGAUGAUGACUGGCUGAAGAAAUUCUCUGGAAAAACACUGGAAGAGAAUGAAGAAGGCGAAGGGGUGGAAGCCCCAAAACCUGUAACACAAGAGGGAGAACCGCCUCCUAAAAAAGUUCGAGCAAAUCCACAAGUCUACAUGGACAUCAAAAUUGGGAACAAGCCUGCUGGACGAAUUCGAUUCCUGCUGAGAGCCGAUAUUGUUCCAAUGACAGUAGAGAAUUUCCGCUGUCUGUGCAACCAUGAAAAGGGAUUUGGAUAUAAAGGCAGCAGUUUUCACAGAAUCAUCCCACAGUUCAUGUUACAGGCUGGAGACUUUACCAACCACAAUGGCACUGGAGGGAAAUCCAUUUAUGGUAGAAAGUUUGAUGAUGAAAACUUUAUUUUAAAGCACACUGGCCCAGGAUUGUUGUCCAUGGCGAAUUCUGGUGCCAACACAAAUGGAUCUCAGUUCUUCAUCACAUGCGACAAAACAGAUUGGCUUGAUGGGAAACAUGUGGUGUUCGGGGAAGUGAUGGAGGGGAUGGAUGUUGUGAGGCAGAUAGAGGCACAAGGUGGCAAGGAUGGAAAGCCAAAACAAAAGGUCAUCAUAUCAGACUGUGGGGAGUAUGUGUGACAGCUCUAGGAUCUGAUUGCUGGCAACUUUUCCUGUUUGUUUACAAAUUGCAAUUUGUAUAUUUUCCCCUGUUUAAAUAAAUCCUCUUUUUGUACCAUG